AUGUCACAUUCAACUCAUUCUUAACUAAAUGAAUCUGAAAUACAGAAAAUAACCUAUCCACAUUUAGCAGAUGUGAGGUAUGAGGAAAAUACAGAAAAAGUAUUCAUAGGAAUACCAACUUAGAAUCAUUUCAUCCAAAGUGGUAAUAAAUUCUUUAGAUCAUUAGGAAUACCAAUACCAACAGGUUUUCUUAUUACACCUGUUUACAAUACAGAUUCUAAUGGAACUAAUCUUCCAUUUGAUGCUCAAGGAUCCAUAAUUCCUAUUUAAAUUUAAUGUAAAUAUUGUAAGAAAGCUGGAACUACUCUAAUGUAAUAUAGAGCAGGCCCAUAAACUUGGAUUGUUGCAUUUUUCAUAUUUAUAUUCUUCUUGCCACUUGUGUUUCUACCUUUUGUAUUAAAGAGCACAAAAGAUAGAGUUCAUUAUUGUCCUAACUGUGGACAAUGUGUUGGCAAAAAGAAAUUCAAACUGUGUAACAGUGAUUGA